GGCCGCCGCCUGCAUGUCGUUGCUGCCCGCCGCCCCGCCGCCGCCGCCCCGCCGCCAGCCGCCGCCGCGCCGGAUGCAGACUAACAGUGAUGCCAAAGGAAAAAUAUGAUCCUCCCGAUCCUCGCCGAAUUUAUACCAUCAUGUCAGCAGAAGAGGUAGCCAAUGGGAAGAAGUCUCACUGGGCUGAAUUAGAGAUCUCGGGUAGAGUACGGAGCUUAAGUACGUCCCUUUGGUCACUGACGCACUUGACUGCUCUACACCUCAAUGACAAUAAUCUUACUCGCAUUCCACCUGAUAUUGCCAAGCUUCAUAAUCUGGUUUACCUGGAUCUGUCAUCCAACAAACUCAGAAGUUUACCAGCAGAACUAGGAAACAUGGUGUCUCUCAGGGAAUUGCUUUUAAAUAACAAUCUGUUACGGGUUUUGCCUUAUGAACUUGGACGGCUCUUCCAGCUACAAACCCUAGGUUUGAAAGGCAAUCCUUUAUCACAAGAUAUUCUCAGCCUCUACCAAGAUCCAGACGGAACUCGAAAGCUACUGAACUACAUGCUUGACAAUCUAGCAGUUCAUCCAGAGCAGCUGCCUCCAAGGCCAUGGAUUACUUUGAAAGAACGAGACCAAAUUCUGCCCUCAGCUUCAUUCACAGUUAUGUGUUACAACGUGUUGUGUGAUAAAUAUGCCACCCGGCAGCUCUAUGGCUACUGCCCAUCCUGGGCACUGAAUUGGGAGUACAGAAAAAAAGGAAUCAUGGAAGAAAUUGUCAACUGCGAUGCAGAUAUCAUUAGUCUACAGGAAGUGGAAACGGAGCAAUACUUCACUCUUUUUCUGCCAGCCUUGAAAGAACGAGGAUACGAUGGAUUCUUUUCUCCGAAGUCACGUGCCAAAAUCAUGUCUGAGCAGGAGAAAAAGCAUGUGGAUGGCUGUGCAAUAUUCUUCAAAACUGAAAAAUUUUCACUGGUGCAGAAGCAUACAGUGGAGUUCAACCAGGUGGCAAUGGCUAACUCUGAAGGUUCAGAAGCUAUGUUAAAUAGAGUGAUGACGAAAGACAACAUCGGAGUUGCUGUGGUGCUAGAAGUGCACAAAGAAUUAUUUGGAGCAAGUAUUAAAUCUCUUCAUGUGGACAAACAGCUGCUCAUUGUGGCUAAUGCCCACAUGCACUGGGACCCCGAAUACUCAGAUGUGAAACUCAUUCAGACUAUGAUGUUUGUCUCAGAACUGAAAAACAUCCUUGAGAAAGCCUCAAGCAGGCCUGGUAGCCCAACAGCAGAUCCUAAUUCUAUUCCCCUGGUGCUUUGUGCGGAUCUUAACUCAUUGCCUGAUUCAGGUGUAGUGGAAUACUUAAGCAAUGGCAUAGUAGCUGACAACCACAAGGACUUCAAGGAGUUGCGUUACAAUGAGUGUCUCAUGAACUUCAGCGGCAGUGGAAAGAACGGGGCUUCUGAAGGAAGAAUUACACAUGGCUUCCAACUCAAGAGCGCCUAUGAAAACAACUUGAUGCCUUACACCAAUUACACUUUUGAUUUCAAAGGUGUGAUUGACUACAUUUUCUAUUCCAACACUCAUAUGAACGUGCUUGGUGUCCUGGGGCCUUUGGACCCUCAGUGGCUGGUUGAGAACAACAUCACUGGGUGUCCACACCCUCACAUCCCUUCAGACCACUUCUCACUGUUAACACAACUCGAACUCCAUCCUCCGCUCCUGCCUCUUGUCAACGGUGUGCACUUGCCCAACAGGAGGUAGUGGAGCCCUGCCCCUUUGAGGGCAAGGACCUGUUGUUAUGGACCUGUACAGUUGUAAAUCAAAGUAUAUAGGAGUGAAGUAUGGCCAACCUUAAGCUGCUUCUUCAAGCUCCUUUCCUUAUGUGUUUGAUGAGAUUUUGCACAUUUUGGUGCAUACUGGUAUCAUUUGGCACUAGGGCUGGAACCAAAGUAUUAUUCCCUUACCAGGUUUUUAAUUUAAUUUUUUUUUUUUUUAACUGGCAAGCUUUUUCUUUUUGGUAGGAAGCUGCACUUAGAAAUGGACAAAUGAGAUUAAAAACUUACAUAUUAACAUAUUUAAAGGUAAUGCUUUUUUUCCAGAACGUGGUAAAAUGAGUCAACCUUUUAGGAGAAAAGCCUUUUAGAAAGAAAAACAAGAAUAGAAGUGAUUGCUUUGUAGGAAGAACAUUAGAAAUUCUGUUUGAACCCAAAGUGAAGACUGAGCUCUGUGUCCAAAAUAAAUUUUGCACAUUAGCAAAGCACUUAAUUCCUGACUGUAAAUUAUUAUCAGUGUGGCCCUGCCCAUUAUCUAAUACUAGAAAACCAAAGAUGGCUUCAUGUCUGCAAAAAAACUUGAGGUCUAAAUUCUGAUGCAGUUUCGUUUACAACAAAAAUCCAAUGAACCUACUUCUCACAAGAAUCCAUACGUGAGCAUUUCAUGCCAUUACGGAGUGCUUGCUUGGCAGAUGUGACAGUAACCUUGUUCUGGAUCUCUGAAGAACCUGAUUCUUUCUGGGUAAGGUGUUCAGGAAUCCAAACAGUCUCUGUGAGACAGAGCUGUCUCUGCUUUGGCAAGCCAGGACAGGAUGCUGGUCAGCAGAAUAGUUUGGGAGCAGGAUUUGGAAAGGAUUUGCACUUAAAGCAAGCCAUUGCAAGCUUUUGAGAAUGGAGAAGUUCCAGAUCCGCUCUAGGUUCCCUUUUCCAAAGGUCUUUUGCAAAGAUGAGAUGCAUUGGGUUAACUGGCUAAGCUUAGGGUACAGGAAAAAGCUGCUGGAAAUGAUCACACUUCUGUCUCCACAGCACGUGUGAAGCAGCCUUUCCACAAGGGGAAGAGAGUGGUAGCCGUUAUCAUUCCCUGCAUUAUUUUUCCUGAUCCUAGUUGCCAAAUAGCUGUCAGAUGUUUUGAGUAAUCUUUCAUUUCUGUUGUUGGUCAGGGUUGAAUUAAAAAGCUUCUGGUUCAUUCCCAGCUGUUAAUGCUCUUGAGAUGUGUUGGAAAUCCUUUUUUUCUUUUUAUGCUCUUGGUGGCCAGUUCCAAACCUUGUGCCUCAAGGGGCAUUAAACCUAAUGUAGUUUUCUGGAAGAAAAUUGGUUGGCUGCUUAAUGUUAAAAGAAAAAUGGCACAGUAAUAGGAAAAGGUUGUGUCUG